AUGGACAAUAAAACGUUAAUUUCUACAGAAUACAGCGAUUGUAAUUGCGGUAAAACUGCUAGUUUUUAUUACAAACGAAAGAAAAAAGGAAACAAUUUCAAUAUUUAUAAGGGGAGAAUGUACUCUUGCUGCAAAGAUAUUCAAACAGCAGUCGUAAAAGUUACCGCGAACGGAAAGGGGUCAAAGGAGGAUCUCCCGGACUACAUUAUUGCUUCGCAAGCUGCACAUGAUCUUGCAAACAAGUUUUCAAAACUAUGUAGUAUAUUUGUUCAUUUUCCUGAAAUCCAUAUUGCAGAAAUGGACACUGUUGCUAUCUUUGACACAUUCAUUCCCGGGGAUUGCCGGAAGCUAUCAGGCGAUGAAUUCGUUUUGUUUGAGCCGUACGUAAAAGAUCUCCAAAACUUUGUCACCAGAGAAGGGAUUGUUACAAAGGUUUGCCCCGCAGUCAUUCAGGAACUCUGCCAUUUUUCAUUUCACCAAUCAAACGGGGAUAAUAUUCUUAGGGGCUUGAAGGGUUCUUGGGAGAAAAAUGGAAAAAGUUUUCGUCUUGCAUCACCUGCCACGAAAUAUUUUCCAGAGAAAUGCUCUGCAGAUGAAAUUCCGUGCGCCAUUACUAAUUUCUUUUCAGUCCACACAUGUACAAGCCGCUGUAAUAAAUGGCUGGUUCCCAGUCAAGUGCAUUCAUCAAGGUCCGAGCACCAGUUUGACAACUCAUUUUCAGAUCCUCCCCCACCAUAUGAAAGCAUUGAUUUUGCUACAAGAUAA